GAGUUAUUACGGGACUGGUGCUGAUGUUGUGGAUGAGUCAGGCUGCAUGAUGUUGAUGUCGCUGCCAUUUCAUCAGCAAUUUUAAUUCUGAAUAUAUUGGGGGAAAUAAACAUAUUUCUUUAAAAUGAUAUAUCAACGUAAACGACACUGGAAACAAUUUACAAACGAAAACUCGCACUGUUUUGUUAAAUAAAUGCUGGGCUGUUAAGAGAGCAAUUAACCCGGUACGCGGCCGAGUGCACCGAUUUAUGAAGAAACAUUAGGAGUUAUCUGGAGAAACGCCGACGAUCCCCUCGCACCUUUUAAGCCGGUUAUUUUCGUCUUCCUCACGCGGAAGAAACUCCAUGAUUUCGAGUCAUUGGACGUUUGGGAGAGCAACAAUUUUAAAUUGGAAGUACGGUGGACUGUUGCGGUUUUCGAGGCGAAAGUCGUUGCCAAGGAGCCUCGCAGCAUCGCUUAAACCGGCGAACAAGCGCAGAGGAUCGCCGGGUAUACUGUGCACUCCUGGAAACGCCCCGCGGCUUGCGGCAGCAGCGUCUAUCUGAAGCAUCACUUGCACAUCGAUAUAUGUUUAUAUCCUCAGGGGGCAUUUCGACAGCAGAUCUGCAUCCGGCGAUACAUAGCUUUGAGAUAACGCAACGGUACAUGCACGAAAACGGCAGCGACUGAGCUCCAAAAUACACCGUUGCAAACGUGUUACUGAUAUUUGCAAAAUGGAGGUCGACUGACCUUGGAGACUGCCUGCAAUAACAACGAGAGAGGCGAACCUUUCAGUUUUUGGCCUCGCUGCGCCCCAAGCUUUCCUGCGCUCGAAUCGAUUUUGGAGGUGAGGGAGGGAGGGGUGGCCAUAUUUUGGCUUUAGAGUGUCACGAACGAUCAGUCAAGCUGCGGCCACACACCGAGACGCUAAAAGAACAGUCGGCCGAGGCUGGGAAUAAAUGGGCUGCACGUGCACACCGUGAAGUCCCACUCCUUGUGGAAUUUCACACGCCACCAGCACUUCGGACAAUUUUCGUGCGCUCGAUAGACUUCGGUUAUUUGUUGUUUGGCUGACAAAAAUAAACAACUCGGUGUCACGACUAAGUAGCAGCUUUCGCAGCGGUGUCCGAGCAGAUCGGUCCGCGGAUUUGCAUCUUUUGUCUCUUUAUUCGGAUGUUGUAUCCGUGCAGCCUUGAACCGGAAUGCCCGCUUGAACUGUCACUGUAGAUCAGCUGUCCAUCACGGUGUCAUCGAACCCUCACCCCUCCUCCCAGGACGAAACACAGGGCCUGCAAACAUGGAAGCAAUAUGGCUCUAUCAGUUCCGCCUCAUUGUGAUUGGCGACUCAACGGUGGGAAAAUCGUGUUUGAUUCGCCGCUUCACCGAGGGACGCUUCGCUCAGGUGUCUGACCCGACGGUGGGGGUUGACUUCUUCUCGCGGCUGGUGGAGAUCGAACCGGGCAAACGCAUCAAGCUACAGAUCUGGGACACGGCGGGCCAAGAGCGCUUUAGGUCCAUUACCAGAGCUUAUUAUCGCAACUCAGUGGGCGGCCUUCUCCUGUUUGACAUCACUAACCGACGCUCCUUCCAGAAUGUGCAUGAAUGGUUGGAAGAGGCCCGCAGUCAUGUGCAACCACACCAGAUAGUUUUCGUGUUGGUAGGACACAAAUGUGAUCUGGACGGCCAACGGCAGGUGAGCCGACAGGAGGCGGAGAAGCUGGCGGGAGCUUAUGGCAUGAAGUACGUGGAGACAUCAGCCCGAGAUGCCAUCAAUGUGGAGAAAGCUUUCACCGAUUUGACGCGUGACAUUUUUGAGCUCGUCAAGCAUGGAGACAUCACUAUCCAGGAGGGCUGGGAGGGCGUCAAAAGCGGCUUUGUACCAAAUGUGGUGCAUUCUUCUGAGGAGGUCACAAAAAGUGACCGCCGCUGCCUCUGCUAAUCUAUUAGCCACAGGGCCCCUCACCGGACCCCUGCCAGGUCUACAGUAAGCAGAGAAUCAUGGGUCUUGUCAUCCAGAAAGCAACGUUUUUCUCUGUGUGUGCUCUUCCUUUUACUUUGCUAGCAAUGCAUACCGUGUCCUUUCCUUGGCAGCUUGGGACUCAGAAGUGUUCUGGGUCUCCAAGGAUCUCUGUUUCUUUAACAAAUACAGAAGUGUAACUUGUGCACAGAAGUUCCAGAUGACUUGAACAAUGGUGACUGAUGGGUAGCUUAACAACUAACUAAGAAAAGCUGCUUUGAAUCACUAGGCGCCAUAGCAGGGUGUUUGGCGAGGGUCUGGGGUUUCAAAUGUGUUCUGUAAUGAGCAGUAAAUCUCAGGGUCCGGAAAGUUUCGGAAAUACCAAGAAAUGUCUCCGCAUCACAUAAGGCAAGAUGAGCAACAUCUGACCCCAGUUAUUUGUGUUAUUUUAACGGAAUGUUUUAAAAUAGGCUUAUAUUUUAUAUUUGAAAGGUGGUGGUCAGCGUAGUUCAAUCUGAAUUGGAAUGGGGAGGAGACCAGAGGUUCAUUUUUGUUUUUUGACAAGCCUCCCGAGUUUUCUGGCUGCAGUAGAAAUGGCUGAAAUGGUCACUUUCUGUAUUUUGUUUAUUUUGGAGUGCUCACCAGCCACCCACGUGUAGGAUCUUUAUUGUCUGCGUUCACAAAUAGUGAGACAGUGGCAUGUCCUGUUAAGAGCGGGGACCAUCUGCUGUACCCACGCCCUCCCCUAAAUAAUUGUUAUGGAGAGCUGGCUCAAAUUCUGUCAGUAAUCAACUUAAGAAAGGUGCUAAGGUCUUUAACUUUCAGUUGGAAUUGCGCUAUUAAUAGACCAAGAGAGAAGCUACCAUCUUCAUUUUGUAAUCAUCAGCCUGAACAACAAAGUGUUUUAAUAAUCCGGAAGUUCUAAAUCCAAUCUUCCUGAUUUGGGGCGUCCCUUACUAGGAUAAAAGUGUCCACAUCUGCUGGCUCGCUUUUGAUUUUUCUUAAGGCGCACAACAUGAUGCAGAUGAAGAUGAUGGCAUUGCGGUUCCAGCUCAGUGACCAGCGAUUCCAGUUUGCCUCGAUGAACUGUGGACAAGCAGAUGUCCUUCCUUUGCCUGGCCUCUCCCACAACAGACUUUUAAUUUUCAGCUCCCAAGCUGGUGGUGGCUGCUACCACCCGUGUCCGUUUCCUCAGCAGCUUAAACGUCUGGUGCACAAUUCCAAGAAUUGUUUCUUCUGCAAUGAAAAAUGAAUUUUUGCUCCAUAUUGGUUUGAUGUGAAGGACUAAUCUCUCUCAGGGUUCCUCCUGCAGCAGGACUGCAGCUGUCGGAGGCUCCUUUGAGGUCAUGGGUGGGUAACCACGAAUGGUGCUUUACCAUCACCAGCAGGUGGAUGGGCCGAGCUGUGAAGAUUCACCAGCGCACGCUCUCCUUCUUAACCCUGGACUGUUGGGGAGGGGAGAAUAUCUGGCAGCAUUUCUUUAAAUCUGAGCCUUUCCAAGCGGAAACCCAGCCGCAGCUUUCUGUACUUUUUUAACCACUGAGGCUCCUUUCUCAAUGUUUUGACGUUAGAAAUGGAAGAUUUAAAUUUUUUGUUUAUUUCAUUUUCGUGGGCCGUUUAUCCUUUUGCCAUCAAACAAUGCUGAAAUGUGAAUUUCUCCCGGCUUGCUGUGUCCAAUAAUGUGUAAGUGGAUACCUGCCUGUAAUUUAGCCAGAGAUCUGUCAUGUGCUAAAAACAAAACAAAACCCGAAUAAAAGUGUAGUUGGUAUUCUCCUUCUUUCAUCCCUCAAAGGAUGCAGAGUGCGAACAUUUUAGUUUUGCAGUUUGUGUACCGACUUGAGGCCUUUGGACUUGUGCGGCGGAAAGCUUUAAGAAUUGCAGUCUGGGUUUGAAGGGAGGGGUGGAGGUGGGGAGGCUGUCAAUAAAAGCCCCGAAGAGUGGGGGGUCUUUGGCUAAUCGAUGAGGAGGCAGCGGGCAUCAUUUUAUAAUAGAAAUGUUAACCUGGGCUGACCAAAUUCUAAUUAAGGCUUACUAGAAUUUCUUAACUAAAUAUUUAAAUGAAAGUAGCUGUUGAAGUAAACAUUAAAUCAUUUUGAAUGUGA